AUGAUCCUCUCCCAUUUCAAAUCAGACAUGCAUGCUACUGGCAUCUUACGCGUGGAUGAUCGACGUCGAGAUGGCCCCCAUGGGCCGUUGGCCAUUAACCAUUGGCCACUGGCUAUUGUUCAGAUUAGGGAAACGUCAAGGAACGGAUCAGAGAAGCAAGCCGGCAUCAACGAGGACGACGCGGCCUUGGAGUUUGUUCCCUGGCUGGCGGCGGCCCGAUUGGCCAUGACAUACAGUCAGAUACAUCCUUUCUACAUUGAGGUAUUCAUACCUACUACGGAUGCGCCGCUUCUCCCAGUCAAUCCAUCUCUCGCCGCCUGUCUGCCUCCCUCCUCUUCCGCUUGGCACGGCCACGACCGAACUGCAGUACGAUGUAUCUGCCAUCAGGACGUUGACGAUCCAGGAAGAGCAGAGUGA